CAAGCCUUUUAGAGAGCGGCGACCGCAUGCUUCACAGUUUCGUCGCUCAGUCAGGAUUCCUUGCGGCUGGGCAAUUUGCGGUAGACUGGGCUCGCCACCUCGGCAGUGUCGUGGCGGAGGCUGGACAGCUGGCGGUGGCGGCGGACCAGUUCGGGGGCACGCGUACGCUUCUGCAUAGGCACGCUGGCGGGCUGCUGCUGCUGCUCGGUGUGCGCCCUGGCGGGCAGUGUUGUCUGGCAUGGGUCUGGAGUUGCGGGCUGGAGCUCGCGUGCUGGUGCAGUGGCGCGCCCAGGAGGACUACCAGGUACGUCUUCUCCUGCGUCUCUCCGACGCCGCCGAGCACGAGCGCGAGCUCGGGGCUCCUCCGAUGAGUCCGACGAGUCCAGUGUGGAUGGCAGCUACUCCCGACGAGGACAUCUAUCCGCACGAGCUCGAGGUUCCGUCCUUGCAUGCGCUGGCCCCGUGCGAUCGGAUGGGCCAGCCGCGAUGGCGCGACCGAGUCGGGGGAUCGGGCCGCUUGGUGGCCCGCCCGACAUGCGGCGACCAGUGGUUUCCUCCGCCCCUCGUGUUCAUGGAGCUUCUCGAGUCCUGCGGCGCGACAGCACCGGAGGCGGCGGAGGCGUCAGCGCUGGCGGCGAGGCCCGAGGGCCUGACGGCUCUGGGUGGGACAGCGACUCCUUCUGAGGGGCUCGGGCGCGGCUCGGGCAAGUUGCCCGCAGUCGGCAACCAGCGCUGGCUCAUCACGGCUAGCGAGGACGACAGCGAAGUGAAUGUACUCGCCGACUUCGAGGGCUGCGAGUGGUACGCGAUGAGUGGGGGACUGGCCAUCGCGAAGGCGGGCGGGAAGUGCUACCUGGUCAAGGCGGUGACGGGGAAGGAGGCCGAGAGCUCGAUGGGCGCCCGCGCGAUGCCGAUCUUGCACGGGCUCGACGGCGAGAGGAGGCGGGUGUUCAAGGACGCGGUGCGCGGCAUGGCGGAGACGGCGUGGUCGGGGUGGCCAGUCAAGGGCCCGCGCACUGCGCUCUGGUGCGUCCGCUCCCACGCGGAGCAGGACUCGCGCCCGCGCGCCCGCCGCUCCAAGUGGCGCGCGGAGUGCGGCCUUGGGCCGGGCGACGUCGGCGCGUCGGACCACGAGCUGGCGAUGCGGGCGCCGGAGCUCGGCGCGGGCUUCGACCAACUCAAUCUGACCGAGCUGUCGCUGGUGGAGCUCCUGGUGCGCCGCGCCCAGCUCGCGGAGUGGCGGCGCCGGGGGCGGCUGCUGAAGGGCAGCGGCGACGAGUACCUGGAGGGCGAGUACCUGUACAUGGGGGCCUCGGAGACGAGGGGCUUGCAGAUGGCGUGCCCGACGCUCGUGGAGAACGCCCAGGCCGAGCUCCACAGGGAGGCGACGCUCAUGGAGGAGAAGCGGAAGCUCCGCGAGGGGGAUGCUGUCGCGCGGCCAGGGCUCGGGCAGCGGCGGCAACAAGGCGCCGCGCGACGAGGUGGCGACGCAGGCGGCGGAGAUCAGCAAGCUCCAGGCGAAGCGGAAAGGCUCCCACACCGGCAAACCAGAUGCCGGCGGGGGCGGAGGCCGAUAGCUCACGGCGGUCGCUCGGGAGCUGCUGCCCUGCCCUGUGCCCGCGCCCGGCCGUAACUGGAACAGCGGGGGAUGCCGGGCGGUGCGCUCUCGAGCUCGGCAGCGUCAGCACGCUGCGCGGUGGCUCUCUGAGGCUUUGCACGCUACCAAUUCAUUGUGCGGACAUGGAGCUCCACGCCAGGAUCUUCAAGUUUCGUGCGCCCAGCUCGCCGGCAUUGACCGCGUCCGCGAGAUCAUCCGAGAGGCGGGGCCUCUACCGUUUUCAGGGGCGACAGCUCGCGCCGAGCCGUGCUCUCAUUUGCCGGGGUAUGCAGAUGGCACCGUGCUCCGAGCCUCCUACUCCGAGGGGCUGGUCUCCCUGCCGACCAUGGGCGGCCAUUGCGUCGGCGCCGACUGCCUGACUGGUCGUGCUCAUGAGUUGUGGGUAGGAUGGCAGAAGCAUCUUCUACGCGAAGAAGGGCCGCCUGACGGACCUCGACUUCGACCUUUCUCCGACCCGAAAUUAGUGCAUUGCAAGAAGACGUACGCUCGCUUCAUUGGGGGGCUGCUCGUCAGGGGCCUGAUCGACCUUGGCGAGCGGACCGAGGCUACGGUAGGCAUUUGUUUUGUUCCCCACAUCCUGAGUGGGGUUCUUGUUUUCCCAGGACACCCUCUCCUUCCCACCUUCCCACCUUCCC